GCAAAGGUAAUUGAAACUGUAUAACAGAGUACAGUGUCCGUCCUUCUCAGAGUUAGUUUGCGUGUGUGGAUAGAGCUGAAGCAGCCAAGAUGUCUGCUAAGAUUCUUGUAGCGUUGCUGUCACUGUCCUGCGCUGUUUCUGCUCAGUCAGAUGUGGAGAACAAGGCGAGGGAGUUCCUGCAGAGGUUCGACGAGGAGGCCACUAGACGUAUGUACCAGUACUCGCUAGCAUCAUGGGCCUACAACACCAACAUCACAAAGGAGAACUCAGACAAACUGUCAGAACAGGGGCAAAUUUGGGGCAAUUUCUACACCCAGAUGUCAGAAGAAUCUCAGAAAUUCCCUCACGACCAGAUCAAGGAUCCAGAAAUCAAAUUACAACUUAUCUCCCUACAAGACAAAGGUUCUGGUGCUCUAUCCCAGGAUAAAGCUGCACAUCUGAGUAAGGUCAUGAGUGAGAUGAGUACAAUCUACAGCACAGCGACAGUGUGUCUCAUGGACGACCCCCUUAACUGCCAGACUUUGGAGCCAGGCCUGGAGCACGUAAUGGCCAACAGCCGAAACUACUCUGAGCGUCUGCAUGUGUGGGAGGGCUGGAGGAGAGAGGUGGGGAAGAGGAUGAGGCUUCUGUACGAAGACUAUGUGGAUCUGAAGAAUGAAGCUUCCAAACUAAAUGGUUUUGAAGACUAUGGAGCUUACUGGAGAUAUAACUAUGAGACCAUUGAGGAGGACAUUUUGUACAAGUACACCAGAGAUCAGCUUAUGGAAGACGUGCGUUCUAUAUACAGAGAGAUCCUGCCCUUAUACAAGGAGCUGCAUGCUUAUGUGAGAGCCAGACUUAUGGAGGUCUACACAGGACAUAUUGAUUCACAAGGGCCUCUGCCAGCCCAUUUGCUAGGUGACAUGUGGGGAAGAUUCUGGACCAACCUGUACCCUCUGUCAGUUCCCUACCCUGAGAAACCAGAUAUUGAUGUCAGCAAAACUAUGGUGGAGAAGGGUUGGCAUGAGCAUCAGCUUUUCGAAGAAGCAGAGAAGUUCUUCAUGUCUGUGGGCCUUUACAAGAUGUUCCCAAACUUCUGGAAUAAUUCCAUGCUGGUGAAGCCUGAGGAUGGACGCAAGGUGGUCUGUCACCCCACAGCCUGGGACAUGGGAAACAAAGAGGACUUUAGAAUCAAAAUGUGUACCAAGGUCAACAUGGAUGACUUCCUCACAGCGCACCAUGAGAUGGGUCACAACCAGUACCAGAUGGCUUACCGUAACCUGUCCUACCUCCUGAGGGACGGAGCCAAUGAGGGUUUCCACGAGGCUGUUGGAGAGAUUAUGUCCCUCUCUGCUGCAACACCCAAACACCUGCAGAGCCUAGACCUCCUGCCUGCUGACUUCAUUUAUGAUAAUGAAACGGAGAUCAACUUCCUGCUGAAACAGGCACUCACCAUUGUGGCCACACUACCAUUCACCUACAUGCUGGAGGAAUGGAGGUGGCAGGUGUUUGCAGGGAACAUCAGCAAGGAUGAAUGGAUGGCGCGCUGGUGGGAAAUGAAGAGGGAGCUGGUAGGGGUGGUGGAGCCAGUGCCAAGAGAUGAGACCUACUGUGACCCGCCUGCUCUGUUCCAUGUAUCUGGAGACUAUUCUUUCAUCAGGUACUUCACAAGAACCAUCUACCAGUUUCAGUUCCAAAAAGCGCUCUGCGAUGCGGCUGGUCAUACGGAUGCCUUGUCUUCGUGUGACAUUACUGGUUCUACAGCAGCAGGAACAAAGCUGAGGAAUAUGUUAGAGCUGGGAAGGUCCCAGUCCUGGACCAAGGCUUUGCAUACGAUAUCUGGUAACGUUAAGAUGGACGCCCGCCCCCUGUUGGACUAUUUCCAGAAACUUCAUGACUGGCUGAAGGCAGAGAACAUGAAACACAAUAGGAUCGUAGGCUGGAAUUCAGCAAUAGAUCCAUAUUCAGAGUAUGCCAUUAAAGUGAGAAUAAGUUUGAAGGCUGCCAUGGGUGAUAACUCUUAUUCCUGGAACGCCAACGAGUUGUUCCUGUUCAAGGCCAACAUUGCGUAUGCUUUGAGGCAGUACUACAGCCAAAAGGACAAGACCCUUCUCUUCUCAUCAGAGAACGUCCUCACAUAUAAGGAGUCUCCCAGAAUCUCCUUCUACAUUGUGGUCACCAACCCAGCAAGUCCCUCCGUAUAUAUCCCAAAGGAUGAUGUGGUGGCUGCCAUACGGUUAUGUCGAGGCCGAAUCAACGAUGCCUUCCAAUUGGAUGACAGGACGCUGGAGUUCGAGGGUAUUCUACCAACAUUGGCCCCUCCCGUGGAGCAGCCGGUGGAGGUGUGGCUGGUGGUAUUUGGGGUGGUCAUGGGAAUCGUGGUGCUAGCGGGCGUCUACCUCGUCAUCUCUGGUGUCAGAGAGCGCAAAAAGAAAUCUGUAAAGACAGGCAUGGAGAAUCCCUACGAUACAAACCUUGAAGGACAAACUAACAAAGCCUUUGAGGACAGUGACAAUGAGCAAACUGGAUUCUGAGUCCACCGCUGUCACCGAAGAACAGAGGGAAUGUGUCCUCAAUGCUUAUGGAUAGUAGACUCAUAGUCACUGUCCUAGAAUGGGAAAGUGAAAAUUCUUGCUCUUAUAAGGACUUUCCCUCUUUCACCAGUGCUGCAUGAUCUCUUAUCAAACAUCAACAUAACUGCUAAAUGUGUAUAUGUGGGAAAGUUUUAGUUUGUUGAGGAUUUUGACUCUCACAGACAGUUAUUGUAUAGUUAAUACCCUAGUAAAAAAAGAAUACUUAAUUGCAGUAUACUAAGUAUAGUUCCAUGUGAAAGUGUGCUAUUUUUGACGCACUUAGUGUAUUAACACUAUAUAAGUAGUGCAACUUGUCAUUAAGUGUAUUUAAGUAUACUUUUUGUAAUAAUGAUGGACAUUUACCUUUUACUUGUGUACUUAAAUUAUAACAGCCAUUGUCUUUUGGACAAAUAUUUAUAUAUAUUAAAAAAACUGCAAAUACUUGUUUACUUUGUCUAUGUCAAGUACAAAAAAAGUACAUUUAAAUACAAUUAUCAUAACUUGGUGGUGUCUUAAAAUAGCACAGUCAGGUGCACUUAAGUGUGGUCAACUACUUAUAUAUCAUUAAUAAUAUAUAUAUUUAUAGUACAAAAUUAGUAUGUCAAAAAUAGCACAGUUAAAGAAGUCAUAGCAAACUUUUGAAUACAAUCAAAAUAUAGUUUAAGAUACAUAGAAUAUUUUAACAACACAUCUGAAAAUGUGAUUUAAUUGUAUUAGUUUCAAGCUUUAUUUCCAGGAUAGGUUCUUUCAAGGCGGUACAGUGUUUUUCUGACGUUGCUUUCAGAUUGUGUAUUGUAAUUUGCAGAACAUUACAUUUGUAUAAUUCAAAAUAUCCUACCUUUCCUCUUACUGUUGUGAUGUGGAUACUCAGAGAUUUGUUUUAAAUUUCAUGCAGCUCAUUCUCAGGAUAGCUAAUCAAAAGAACAAGAACUGUGUUUGCCAAUAUUACUUUAUAAUAUUUAACAUUCUGUAAAAGGCUUGGAUGGUUUGUAAUACUAUUUGAUACUUUUGCUUGUUUUAAAAUAUCAAAUUAAAUGUUGUCAAUGUACACCUGGUAGAUAGGUGCUUAAGAAAAUCAUGUUAAAGAAAGUAUUCAGUUACUGCAUAUUGCCAGUGCUAAGUUCGCUGAAAAUGUAUGCCACAUAUCUAUUACUGAAAUGUUGCCUUUUCAAAGUGUGUAAAAUACACAGAGUAAUACAUCUAAACAUGUUUACAUUAUAUGACCUAUGGCUUAGUAUAAUAUGUGUGCAAAGUAUAAUAUGCAUUAAAUAUGGAAUGUGUUAUCAAAAUGAUUUUCCAAAUAUCAUCUGUUUACAGUAUACAUGUAUUCAGUACAUAAACAUUAUAUAACCAUCAUUCAGAACUCAAUUAAUGUUUGUGCUUGUAUUAAUACAUUGGACUCAUGUUUAUAGUUUAUACCAUAUGUAAUUUUGCUCACAACAUAAUGUACAUUUGAAAGUGUUAAAUACAUAAAGUUAUUAUCACAUCA